ACAAGAGAGUGUUGAGAUGGGAUGGGAUGUAUUCAUGGAUCUCUUUCACAGCACAGUAUACUUUCUCCUAUGUGAAACACUAGUUGUCUUUAUAGGCACAAGCUCUGCAUUUAUAAAAGUGCCUUUGUCUGUCAUCCAUGGAAUUAAAGGGGAGCCUCUUGUCCUACUGGUGGAAUAUACCUUCCCCACUGAAGGUCAAAAUAUCCAGGGUAACUGGCAGAUGAGGAGAGCGAACAAUACCAUGCAUCUGGUAACAUUCAGAGACAGCUUGCCCAUUCAUGACAUGGCCAUGGAAUCUAUAAACAAAUUUUCCCUUCACCCUCCUAAUGCAUCUCUGUUGAUCAAUAAACUGGAAGACAGUGAUGAUGGUGAAUACACAAUACAAGUCAAUGUAAAAUAUAAAGGCUCAAUCAAGACACAGAACAAAACAAUCCGGGUUACUGUUAACGUUCCUGUUUCAAAACCAGCUGUCCACAUGGAGCCAGCCUCUGCAGCAGUGGAAGAUGUAGAUAAUGUGACAAUGACCUGCUCUGUUGAAUAUGGCACAAGGGUAGUGUACCAGUGGCUACUCGGAGGAAGCCUUGUUCCAGCAAACCCUCGCUAUACCUUUUCUGUAGACCACAGAAAACUUGUUAUUUCCCUGGCGAAGAAAGGAGACAUUGGCAAAUACAUCUGUGUGGCGAGCAAUCUAGUCAGCAAAAUGUGGAGUGAACCUACUCAGCUAAAUGUUUUCUAUGGACCUUACCACCUGAAGGUGAAUUCGGAUACAGGACUGCAAACUCGUCAGGUUUUUACAGUUAAUGCAGGAGAGACCGUCUUGUUCCACUGCUCAGCAGAUUCAAAUCCACCGAACACCUAUGCCUGGAUUCAUAAAGUGAACAAUAUGACAAAGGAAAUCAUGACCGGGCCACAUUUUGUAGUAAAUUCAGGUGAAAUUACUCUGACAAAUGAGUACAUGUGCUGUGCCUACAACAACGUCACAAAGAAACAGGAUGAAACUCAGUUCACAGUCAUAGUAGCCAACUUAGGUAAUGGAAAAGAAAAACUGGCCCAGAAAGCAAGCUCAGUGUCACCUUUAGCAGUCAUAACGACGAUUUCAGUAAUAACAAUUGUGUUCAUGCUUUUUGUCUUUCUAUGGCUGAGGUGCCAUCCAAAAAAAGUGAUAAAGCAAAUGUACACCAGGCCUUUAAUGGAACAAAAAAGGCCACACCUCUCAGGACAUGAAGAUGCAACAGAUGACUUUGGGAUUUAUGAGUUUAUUGCUAUACCUGGAACCUCCGAGCCUACUCGGGUGUCAAACAGAUCUCUAUCAGACCUAGAUUCAGUUCAUGGCCCAAAUUCACAUACCACUAUUUAUGAAGUUAUAAGACACGUUCCAGAAGCAUCAUCAACAGCGCCUGUGAAGUAACACCUGUUACCUUAUUUAACUUGAGCUGCUAAAAUCCAAGGGUUUUAGUGAGCAAGGCCUAUUUUCAGCUCAGCCGUUAUUUGUAAAGAUUGUUUUCUCGUAGGUAUUCUGAGUAUUGCUUGAGAGACUGGCCAGUACGUUAUUUCCAAUUCUUCAGCAGUUUCCAAAAGCAGAAUGGUUGGUUUGCUGUUUUUUUUGUUUUUUUUUUAAGGACAAAGUUGGAUCUACAACCCAAUCUCCAUUACCUUGACGUUAAUCUUUUCUGUUAAAUGUUUAAGGGCCAGAAGUCAAUGACAAUGCUUUUCCUGUUAUAGCACAUGUUUUUUUAAUACAAGAACCCAGGUUAUACAAAGGUUUAAGACUGUAAAGUUCUUCAGUACUUACAUGUAUUGUUAUUCUGUUAAACUGCAAAAGCAGUGCAAGUGUAAAUUAUGCAAACCAUGGAUAAUUAUAUUCUAACCUGCAGUGGCUAAUUCAUAUUUAAUAUUAUUUUAAUACUAUUUUUAAAACAUUUUUCAAUGCUUUUAGCCAAAAAAAGUGUUUUGGAGUUUUUUUGCAUCUGUGGAAUUUCUAUUGUCGGUGUAAAAGCCAGUAUGGUUCUGAGACAGGAAUUACCAUCAGAAGCAUAAUUGUCAAGUUAAAUAAGGCAUUAACAAUGAAUGAAGCUAUCUGGUGAUUUGCCAUGUGGAUGACAAUUAAAAAUGAAUAUGAAUGUAGUUUUUGUUGGCUGAAUAUUGUCGUAAAAGACACAGCUAGUACCUAUUUUUCCACAGACUUUUUUCCUAAUGUAUUUGUUUUGGUUUGAUAUAUGGUAAUGUUUUUAAGGAAACAUUGUGUCUACAACUGUGCCAGGGCGAGCUAUGCCUUUUGUUUAGGAUUGGGGUGUAUGAUCAGAAUUUAUUCUUGGUCUGUUAUUUAUAUAUUCUGUCUAUAAUUGUUAAAAUUGCCAUUGGCUAAGACAUAACCCCCCCCCCCCCCAAAAAAAACAACCAAAAACAAACAAAAAAAACUAUUUAAAUGUUUAUUUCAGUUGUUUAACUUUUGUAUUGUUAUUUCAAUUGAUAGUUUAUGUAAACAACUGUAAGUCAUUUUGUAAAUUUUCUAUUUGGAUAAAAAUGCAAAAUAUAUGUUUAUACAUAUUAACUAACUUGUAUUUAAUGACUUGAGAAAUAAAUCUAAGUAAGUUUUAUUGAUAUGUGAACAAGUAUGUAAAAAAUGGUUAAUGAUUGUUCCCCAUCAAACCUGUUCCCGUCCCUCUGAACCUGUGCUGGAGCGAGCAGGUAGGACAGAUGAACCAAUCAAAAUGCUUAACUUCACAGAGAAGUCAGGAACCAGUUAAAUGUUUGUGAUUGAACAGGUUGGAUUGAAGCCGCUGAUGUUGUGAAUUCAGAAAACAUAAGCCCCUUUAACACUGGCACUCCUACCCAGGUCCUCACCCGAAUUCUGGCUACCCGGGGUCACAAUCCUGCAUAGUGUGAAAACACGAGCUACCUCAGGAUGUGGGUCGACAAUCUUUGACCCGGGUUGAGCGAUGACGGCCGUUCAUAAGCCGACGAAAUUUUAAACAGCCACGUCUGCGUGAAGGUUUCUGUUUAUUCUGUUUAGCCAUAUUUUUGUUGCUUAAUACACAACAUGAGCCAGAGCAGGGAUGAAGAAACAUUUGCUCUAAUCAACAUUUGCGCCGACGGUUCAAUACAGAGAAGCCUGGAUGGAAGCGUCAGUAACAAGCUGCUUCUGGGGCAUUGAUGCGUGCAUUGUGUACUUGUGUCUGUCACCCAGGUCAUCCUUGCUUUAUCAAAAGCAGUGUGAAAUGACGUAGCCCACCCACGUGACACCCGGGUAGAGUAUGCCAGUGUGAAAGGGGCUUGAGAAGACCCGAAGCAUAACCGAUGUGAAACAAAAAUAACUGGCCAAAACUGAUUUAUGACCAUAUGUUAAUAAAAAUAUAAAAACAAUCACAAUUAUUUUGAAAAAUAUAGUGCAGGAAUACGUACAACAAAUCAGGAAACUAGGGAAAGUAAUGCAUUGUGUUUUAAACCCUACAGCCUGUUCAAUAACACUUUAAUGUAGGAACUGCUACCAGUGAUACCAGUGUGAUUUUGUAAAAAUAAUAAUACAGAACCUUUUAUUUACAAUUGUAAAACCGUACUUCUUGUCCAAAAUGGGCUGGGACAUAGAUAUGCACUAUGGGUUUUGAGGUUAACAAUUGAUAAAAAAAAAAAAAAAAAGCCCAGCAUGUGAUAGGUGUAAACCACUGUUCCUUAAAUGAAACAUGGUGUAGCAUGACACUGUUCUCUUUUGUAUGAAGUCUGCUCUAUAGAUAUUUUCUCGAGCUUGACUUUAGUUUUUAGUCCUGAACCGUGACAGAUUUCACUUCCACAUUUCUACAGAGCUUUGUUUACUAUAAAUAUUUCAUCUGACAAUUUGCACACACUGGUGGUGUCAAAUUACUGUCAGACAGUCAGGAGUUAACCCUUUAUUAGUCCAGCUAGAACAUAGUAGUGAGGACAACUAGCAGUUAUAAGCAGUAGCAGCUUACAGUAAUAAGACCUUGAUAAUUCAAAUCUCAAUACUCUGUUCACUUUAAACUGUACAAAACAUAUUACCAUACCAGUAGCAGGUGUUGAAGGCAUAGUUCUAGAAAGACAAGAGGUUCUAAAGAGUGUGGUGUAAAGCAUAGAAAAUGUAAACC